AGUAGGCGGCGGUAGUGCAACUAUAGGCUGCUUAUGAAAGAGAAGAAGACGUACAGUACUGCAGGCUGAGAAAGGACACACAUUUUUUUUUUAUCUAGCGAACAUAACCGAUAAAGCCUAGAUGGAUCUAACCGAACAGAUCAACCAGUUGGAGGCAGAUUUGCUGGAGCUGGGGUCACUCCUGGAGAAAGCAAAGCAGAAAAGAGUGCAGGAGCUGCUAAAGCAGGAGCAGAAGAAGGUGGAGAAGGAGCUGGCAGUCAAACGACAACAGAAGGAGAAACAAGCCAAGAGAGAGGCCGACCCAUCUGCUGCCGCCAAAGCAGCGUACACAGUCAAGAUCAACAACUAUGCAUGGGACCAGUCAGAGAAAUUUGUCAAAAUUUACCUUACAUUGAAGGAUGUGCACAACAUAUCACCUGAGAAUGUGGAGGUCAACUUUACAGAAAGGUCAUUUUCUGUGUUAGUGAAGGAUCUCAAUGGAAAAAACCAUCAGAUGACAAUUCUCAACUUGUUAUGUCCAAUUGAUCUAAAGGACAGCUAUAAAAAGAUAAAAACAGAUAUGGUCCUGGUCAUGUGCAGGAAGCAGACUACAAAGAAUUGGGAUUGUCUAACAACGGUGGAAAAGCAGGCUAAAGAGAAAGAUAAACCCGAAGUUGAUGCGAAUGCAGACCCCAGCGAUGGCCUGAUGACUAUGCUGAAGAAGAUCUACUCAGAUGGAGAUGACGAGAUGAAGAGAACCAUCAACAAAGCCUGGUCAGAGUCCCAAGAGAAGAAAAUUCGAGGAGGAGAAGGAGGAGGAGCAGGAGAAGACAUGAUGGACUUCUGAAAUGAUUCUCUGCGUUUCCACAGCAGGAUGUAGUGAGAGCUGUCAGGGAUGCACCUGACACAACUUGAAUAUUAAAUGUUAUGGGGUGAAGCCAAUAUAUAAAUCAUAUUUCCACAAAAUCUGUGUACAGCUCAUAAAUAAGGUUUCGGGAUUAAUGUCUAAGCCCUGGAUGGCCUGGUUUUUGGCCCUGCUUUAAAAAUCAGGCUCCCGAUGCCCUGAUAGUCAUGGGACAGAAACCUUUCAAUAAAUUGCACAGAAAGUUCCAGUUCAAACUUAGGGGCUGUGUCCAGCAGAUGGCAACCUUAACACAGCAAGAAACCCCACUGGUAAGCGCAGAUUUAAUGGGUUAAAGGACCACAAUGCAGUUGUUUUUUUUAAGAUUAAUGUCUGUUAGUAAUCCAUAGUUUUAAUUGGACCAGGGUAAAUAAAAUAUGUGAGACAUAUCCUGUAAAGUCACAUCUUAAUAUUGUUCCUGUGCAGCUAAACUGAGCUGAUAUUUAAGAUGUUUCCAAGUGUAACCUACGUUUGCCAAAGUCAUGCAUAUAUUCCUUUAAUGAAGACAACUAGUGGGCUCUUCUGAUUUAUUUAAUGUCUUCUUCAUAUCCGCCUUUUAUUUUAUGUCAUUCCAUAAAUAAUUCCAAUGAUGGCUCCAAAGACUGCUCACGUGUCAGUCCAGUGUAAUAACAUAACUUCAUAGGUUAAACAUUUAAAGUAAUUUACCCAUUCCUGUAGUAUAAUGUAAUGCUCUAAAACACAUUCUUUGUAAUUCCUUGAUGUUACUGUUGCAUUUUCAUAGUGUUGGACAGUUUUGUACUAUAAUUAGUAUUUACAGUAGCACUGUUUGAGUUGCCUAUUUCCCUCCAUCAUAUCUUAAAAGUGUAUGUUUUGGCUCCUGUCAUAAAGUCGUACAUGUUAUUUUGCUCGCCCUCAGGUUGUUCAUUCUCACAAAUACAGAUCUUGGAACUGAG